UUGCAAAUCUCCUUCUCAAAUAUUGGUACAUAUAACCCCACCUUCCUAACUUCCGGCCAGUAGCAUUGUUUCAACCCACACCAUGGCGAAAACCCACCUCCUUCUCCACCCAAUCCUCCUCCUCCUCCUUCUACUCAACCCAUUGCCAAAAGUUUAUGGUGUUGGCAUAAACUAUGGCACCCUCGGCAACAACCUUCCGUCACCCAAGAAAGUAGCUCAGCUCCUCCAAUCCACUCUGAUCGACAAGGUCAAGAUCUACGACUCCAACCCAGAGAUCCUCCAAGCCUUUUCCAACACUGGGAUCGACCUCAUCGUCGCCGUCGAGAACUACCACGUAGCCAACAUUAGCUCCGACGUGCCCGCAGCCGACGCCUGGCUCGCCUCCCGCAUCGUCCCCUUCAUUCCAGCCACUUCCGUCGUGGCCAUUUGCAUAGGGAACGAGUACUUAACCACAGACGAUGACAAGCUCGAGGCUAACGCGUUGGUCCAAGCCAUGCAGAACAUGCACGCAGCGCUAGUAUCACGAGGGCUCGACCGUAAGAUCAAGGUCACGACGCCACAUAGCAUGGCUAUUCUUGCUUCUUCGUUUCCUCCCUCGGCUUCAACUUUUGCCUUGAACCUUAUGCCGACGAUGACAGCCAUUGUCGGCUUCCUAGCUGACACCGGCGCACCCUUUAUGGUCAAUGCCUACCCAUAUUUUGCGUACCGGGACAACCCCGGCACAGUCAGUUUGGAGUAUGCAUUGCUAGGAAAUGCCACCCCCGGCGUCCAUGACCCAAAAGGGUACGCGUAUAGCAACAUGUUGGAUGCACAGAUUGAUGCUAUCAGGUCUGCCAUCAAUGCUUUGGGGUUUGGAAACCGAAGAAUCGAGAUAACAGUAUCGGAGUCGGGGUGGCCGUCGAAAGGUGAGUCCGGCGAUACAGCGGCUACUCCACAAAAUGCAAAGACUUACAACACUAGGUUGAUUGAACGUGCACAGUCGUAUAAAGGGACGCCCAUGAAGCCUAAAGAUAAGGUUGAGAUAUUUGUGUUUGCUCUGUUCAAUGAAAACAAAAAAGAAGGGAGAGCGAGCGAGAGAAAUUUUGGGAUUUUCAAUGGGGAUGGGUCUAAGGUAUAUGAAGUGGAUUUGAGCUGCCAGUUUUGCAGCAAUGGAGGGACAGUAGGGUUUAGUGAGAAAGUCUCCGGUGGAUUUAGGGGUCCGUCGGUCUGGUGCGUGGCCAAGCCGCAUGCCGAUGAGAAGGUGCUUCAAGCUGUGUUGGAUUUCUGCUGUGGACCUGGUGGGGUGGACUGUAGGGAGGUUUAUGAGAGUGGGGAUUGUUUCCAGCCUGACAAGCUUCUUGCACAUGCAUCAUAUGCCAUGAAUGCUUAUUAUCAGAUGCAUGGGAGGAACUAUUGGAACUGUGACUUCAAGGGCACUGGCCUUGUCACCUUCGGUGAUCCAAGUUAUGGAAGAUGUCGGUAUCCUCAACAGUGAUUCAUGACCAAGGAAUGACGUACGUACGACAGAUGUCUUAAUGUGGUUGACAGCUCUACUUGUAUUGUUUGUUGCUACUAUAAGUAAAUGUGAAAUAUAUGUUCAGUACUGAGGAACAUUGAUUUGA